AGUCUGGAGAAAAUAGUGGCGCAUUCUAGACCGACCCUGAAACGAUUCGCCAUCAUUCUUGUAAAUAUCGUAAGGCGGAUUUAACCUUAAGAAUACCGAAGAUGUGGAUAUUAUUGGGUAUCGCAGUGCUGAUCAUGACCUUAGUCUGGGAUAACAGUCGCAAACAAUGGAGAGUUAACACCUUUGAAAAGUCCAGGAUUUUGGGACCUUUUACGAUACCUAUAGUGGGCAAUGGACUGCAGGCCUUAACUUUGAGGCCAGAAAAUUUUAUUCAGAAGUUUGGUGACUACUUCAAUAAAUAUGGCAAAACCUUCCGCCUGUGGAUUUUAGGCGAGUGUCUUAUUUACACGAAGGAUCUAAAAUAUUUUGAAAGCAUUCUGAGUAGUAGCACACUGCUCAAGAAAGCUCAUCUCUAUCGAUUUCUGCGUGAUUUUCUUGGCGAUGGACUUCUUUUAAGCACGGGAAAUAAGUGGUCUUCUCGCAGAAAGGUUCUCGCACCAGCUUUUCACUUCAAAUGCCUCGAAAACUUCGUCGAGAUAAUGGAUAGAAAUAGUGGAAUUAUGGUGGAGAAAUUGAGAAACUAUGCUGAUGGUAAAACGUGCGUGGACCUAUUCAAGUUUGUUUCUCUGGAAGCCCUGGAUGUGACCACAGAGACCGCCAUGGGUGUCCAGGUGAACGCUCAGAACGAACCAAAUUUCCCCUAUACAAAAGCACUUAAGAGUGUGGUUUAUAUCGAGUCCAAACGAUUGGCAAGUGUCUCGAUGCGGUAUAAUUGGCUUUUCCCGCUGGCGGCUCCUUUGGUUUAUCGUCGUUUGCAAAAGGACAUAGCUAUAAUGCAGGACUUUACUGACAAGGUCAUUCGCGAACGACGAGCGAUUCUGGAGCGGGAAAGGGCUGAUGGCACCUACAAGCCGCUGAUAAUGGGUGACGAUGAUAUCGGUGGUAAAGCUAAGAUGACUUUGCUGGACAUCCUGCUGCAAGCCACCAUUGAUAACAAGCCCCUAAGCGAUGUGGAUAUCCGCGAGGAGGUGGACGUUUUUAUAUUCGCAGGAGAUGACACCACCACCAGUGGAGUGUCCCAUGCACUACAUGCGAUAUCCAGGCAUCCCAAAGUGCAGGAGCGCAUCUACGAGGAACUAGUGUCUGUUCUGGGACCGGAUCCCGACGCUCCAGUGACCCAAACCAAGUUGUUGGAACUAAAGUAUCUGGACUGCGUGAUCAAGGAGACGAUGCGUUUGCAUCCACCAGUUCCAAUCCUCGGAAGAUACAUUCCCGAGGACUUGCAAAUUGGCGAAAAAACCAUUCCUGGCAACACAAGCAUUUUACUAAUGCCGUACUAUGUCUACCGAGAUCCGGAAUACUUUCCGGAUCCCCUCGCUUUCAAGCCGGAACGAUGGAUGGAUAUGAAAACCACCACGCAUACGCCUUUGGCAUAUAUUCCGUUCAGUUCAGGGCCCAAGAACUGUAUAGGACAGAAAUUCGCCAACCUGCAAAUGAAAGCGCUGGUCAGUAAGGUCAUUCGGCACUACGAACUUCUACCGCUUGGUGCGGAUCUUAAAGCUACGUACACAUUCAUAUUGAGUUCCUCUACGGGCAAUAAUGUUGGCCUUAAGCCAAGAACAAGAGUUAAAUGAUUGAGUGAUACAUAUGGUUAAUAGAAUCAAAUUUACAUUUUUAUUUGUAUUUAUUUUAUGUUACAUGCCAGGAAAAACUUAUUACUGAAA